CUUCGUGCAUAGUAUACUUACUAUAGAAAGAGGGAAAGAGGAGACUCUUUAUGUCAGAUACAAAAUAGUUUGUCAAAAUGUACGCUAGAAAAUGUUUAACAUUUUUAUUGUUUGUAGUACAUAUUAAAUUAAGUAGAAAUCAAGUGUUGUUAUUCGGACCUUGUAUUGAAGUGGAAACUGUUAAGUUUUUUGAUAUAGAAAAGUUUUUAGGAUUAUGGUACGAGAUAGAAAGAUUUCCAACGUCGUACGAAGAAUUCGGACAAUGUGCGUACAAACGAUUUCAAGCAUGCGGCAGAAGAAUAGAAAUAGAACAUGGCUUCAUCAAGAAUGACAUACUGUAUAUAGUGCAUGUUAACAGUACAUAUGCACCAGGAAAUGAUGCCAUAUUUAAAUUCAAAAAGAAUAAUAUAGAUUCCCUGGGUAUACCAAUGUCAAUACUCGCUACGGAUUACACAAACUACGCAGUUGUGUACGGAUGCAAGAAUAAUGACACAAUAGAUAUAAAAUACAUUUCAGCUUGGAUAUUAUCAAGGGAAAAAGAAUUAUCCCCUGAAAUAUUAGAAACGGCUCAUAGAGAGCUAAAUAAAAUACCAUAUGCCAGUACAGUUUAUUUGAAACCGGUGCUUCAAAAUAUUGAAAAAUGUACACAUCAAUGGACAGCUCAUUUUAAUGCGAAAGAUGUUAUUGAUGAAGAAAACAAUGAAUUGUGAUUUACUUUGAACAAAUGAAUAAAUAACUCAUAAAAGAAAUAAUUGUGGUCGUUACUUGAAUCUAUUCCUUCCUUCCUAAACUUUCCUUUACCUUAACAAUGAUGUAAGAAAGUGCAUAUGUAAAACUAACACAUUGGUAUAUGUCAAGAUUGAACUUUG